ACACACAGUCACGCCGGGGCGUAAAGAAAACCAGGGAGACACCCGUAUAGCCCCCCCGAGUAACUUGUAGUCUUGAUUCUCCUUUAAAUUUCCCCGGCUGGGUACUACCUCUGCCUCUACCAUCAUCAGCAAGCAGCGCUGCUUCUUGAUGUUGUGGUCGGGAAUACGCAUGCGCCCGGCAUUGGAAUUACUGCACUGGCAAGAAUAAGUUGGACAUCGUCUGUCUUCACUAAAAGAAAAAACACACACACACACACAUAACAUAAGUAUGGCGGUGUGCAGAAUAAGAAGAAUGAAGUGUUUUUGCGUCUGGUUGUUCCCCCUCGUUGUGGCCGUGGUGUGCGCCCAAAGUGCCAGUGUCAGUGACCCUAGCAAUAUGUCUUUGGUUAAAGAGACGGUGGAUAGACUGUUGAAAGGUUAUGACAUACGAUUGAGGCCAGAUUUCGGAGGUCCUCCGGUUGGAGUGGGAAUGAAUAUAGACAUAGCCAGUAUAGACAUGGUAUCAGAAGUCAAUAUGGACUACACUUUGACAAUGUACUUCCAGCAGGCCUGGCGAGACAAGCGGCUGUCCUACUCUGAGAUCCCCCUCAAUCUGACCCUAGAUAACCGAGUGGCUGACCAGCUCUGGGUCCCCGACACUUACUUCCUCAAUGACAAGAAAUCGUUUGUCCAUGGUGUCACUGUGAAAAAUAGAAUGAUUCGACUGCACCCGGACGGAACCGUACUGUACGGUCUAAGGAUCACUACCACAGCUGCUUGUAUGAUGGACCUAAGAAGAUAUCCACUGGAUGAGCAAAACUGCACGCUCGAGAUAGAGAGUUAUGGUUACACUACAGAUGACAUAGAGUUCUACUGGCGAGGAGGAGACAAUGCCGUGACGGGGGUGGACAAGAUUGAACUUCCCCAGUUCUCCAUCGUGGACCAUAAGCUCAUCUCCAAGAAUGUUGUCUUCUCCACAGGUUCUUACCCUCGUCUGUCCCUGAGUUUUAAGUUGAAGAGAAACAUUGGGUACUUCAUCCUGCAGACCUACAUGCCUUCUAUCCUUAUCACCAUCCUCUCCUGGGUGUCCUUCUGGAUCAACUAUGAUGCCUCUGCUGCCAGAGUGGCUCUAGGUAUUACCACGGUGCUCACCAUGACUACCAUUAACACCCAUCUGAGAGAAACCCUCCCCAAAAUCCCCUACGUCAAGGCCAUAGACAUGUACCUCAUGGGCUGCUUCGUCUUUGUCUUCCUUGCUCUGCUGGAGUAUGCACUAGUAAACUACAUUUUCUUCGGUCGGGGCCCUCAGCGUCAGAAAAAGGCAGCCGAGAAGACAGCCACAGCCAACAAUGAAAAGAUGAGGAUGGAUCCAAACAAGUGGCUAGUGGGGAAUGUUGUUGGCAGAGAUGAUACUCUGUAUGCAAGAAUGAAACAAAGGGAUCUUGAUGGUCAUGACUCGAUGUGGGAACCAAUCUUUGUGGAUGACGCAGCAAUAGGACUGGGAGAUCAAAAGAAUAAGAUGGACCCACAUGAAAACAUCCUUUUGGGCACUUUGGACAUUAAGAAUGACAUGGGUGUCUCAGAGCUGGCUCUGGGUCUCAAUGACCCACGAAAUACCAUGCUAACAUACGACAGCUCAACUUUACAGUACCGCAAAGCAGGGCUGGCCAGGCACAACUUUGGUCGAAAUGCACUGGAGCGCCACAUGACUCAAAAGAAGAGCCGACUACGGAGGCGCGCUUCACAGCUAAAGAUUACCAUCCCAGACCUGACUGACGUAAACUCUAUUGACAAAUGGUCAAGGAUGAUCUUCCCAACUGUCUUUUCCUUUUUCAACAUAGUUUACUGGCUUUAUUAUGUUAAUUAAAAAGAAAAAAGAACAUUAGUGACGGCAAGAACAAACAGCAAAAUAUGUUGCUCAUUUCUUGUUUGUAUCUGGUUUGUUUCAUUUUUAUGUGAUCUUGUAAGACUGGACUGAAUUACUAUAUUCAGGACUGGAUACAUUAUAUCUUGGAAUACCACAUUUGCUGGCUAACACAUGAAAACCUUAUAGAAGAGAGAUUACAAACAUAUAAGGUGCCUGUUCCUGAGUAAUUGUUUAAAAUUUUACAUAUUUGUGAAUUGUGUAUCUUGCCAUUUUUUUAAAAUGCUUGUUUGCAUAUUUUUAAUGUUUUUAUUAUGUUAGAUUUACAAUAUACAUAAUUCAUUGCCAAAAUAUCAUAUCAGUUAGAUAAAAAUGAAAAAGUUGACAUAUAUAGUUUUAAAUGACCAUUUGCUUUCACUGACACUGCUUAAAAGUGUUAAGUUUUAAGUUAACAUGGUUUUCUGAGAUUAUGUCAAAAAAAUCAAUUUAUUGCUACUAGAAUUUAUUUCAUACCACAACUAUAAGGGCCUGAAGUUCACAAUUUACAAUAUCACAUGGAAGAAAUGUCAGAUCAACUUUUUUGUACUUUAAUGUGUUGGAAGCACUAAAUAAUUUACCUCUAAGCAUUUUUUCACUUCCUAAACUAUGUUAAUAAGGUGGCAUUAUGUACUCUCAACUAAGAUCAUUCCAAAACUUCCAGGUAUUAAUUCAGAUUGCACUCAAGAAGCCUGAAGGUCAAAAAUUUCAUAAUGUAAAGACGCAUGAAACUAAUACAGCCAAUUUGGAUUGUCAUUAUUGUGUCCUGCCCACUGUGUGAAACUGUCGAGAGAAAGUAAAGACAAAAAAGAGUGACAAAAACAUUUAAGAAAGAUAAUAUCAAAUAUGUGUCUUUAACCAAACUGGCUUUACUUAUUACUUAGUAUAAUUAUUAGUACUGAAUUUUAUCCCUAAAGCACAUAUACAUGGUAUGUAUGUCUUUGGGAAGGACUGUAUGUGAACAAAGUAGUUUAGUCUUUAAGCAACUGUAAAUGUAAAUAUCACCUGUAUAGCAUAUAUUAUAGGGAAAAUAUGACCUAAAAAAUUCCUUUUUCAGCACUCUAUUCUCACUUUCUUGGAUACAUAUUAAUAACAUUAAUACAAAUUGUUCACAACUGCUGAAAAGACACUUAAUCAACUAUAAUGGUUCAAUAAGAACACAGAUGGUAAAGCUAAAACAACUCUACUGGUCCACAGAAAGGUGAGAAUGCGUAAAAAGCACAAAAAUAAUCAAAUAUCAGGUAUUGACACGGUAAUUUUAAUAGACUUUUUUUUAAAUGUAGAUCAUUUUUCUUUUUGUUUCUUAUGUUCUUAUACUGUAUCUGCCUCCCAAGCCAGAUUAUUCUAAUUAGUAUUAUAGGUUUAAAAACCUUAUUGUUUCCAGAUUAAAAAAAAGGUUGAUGAUCAUAAAGGACAUAGCCGUAAAUCCAAUAUGAAUUUUCAGAUUAUUUACUAAUGAUGCUGUGCUUUUGACUGUAUGUACACAAGGUAGAUUUUAUAAAAGAUUUUGCACACAAGUUCUUAAAAGCCAUAGAGGCUGUACCGUAGUUCUUCUAAUACCUGGUGCUUAUGGGGGCUGUCUUAAGAGGAACUUUAUUGAUAUGACUACACUUUAUUGAUAUGACACUCGAUGUCUCAGUUACAACAAAGUUAAGAUGUAAAAAUACAACUAGGGCUGCAAUAUACAAGACUGUCAUAUCCUUAUCCCCACAGAUCUGCCACACUGUCUGUAUGAAUGAACUGUCUCUGUAGAAGUACCUUAAUAUUCAUCAGAGUCAAAUGUAAAGUAGCACUUGGAAUUCACACUGGAGGAGCUGACAUUCAAAAAGUAUGGUUAGAGUUGCUGUGAUGGACAAAGGCUCAUAUAUGAAAGUGUGCCAACAUGAACGUUGUUAAAGAUGUAGACAGGAAGAGAGGGUAACUCCAAAUAUCUUUUACAAAAAUUACACAAAAAUGAGCCUUUGAGAUCUAAAGCAAAGGGAGCAUUUCUCCCAGUAUGCUAUUCAUUUUGAUUAUGGAGGCGUGAUUGAACACUUCAGCGUUAAUAUUUUAAUUGUUUACUUAAAAUGUAGCCACCUACAAUUAUGUCUCACUGCAUGCUCUGUACAGUAGUAACUCCUUGAUAUUUUGUUUUAGAUCACUUUCUCCUUUCUCACUGAAUUGGUUCAUUUGACUCGUGCUUUUGUGUUUAAUACACAUCAACUAAGCAUACGUACAUACACACAUAUGUAAUGACAGUAUUAUAAAAAGUAUGUUUGAUUGGUAGUGCAAAUAUUGAUGAUAUUAAAAAUAUACAUAAAAAGUUACUUAAAGUUCAGCUCACUUUGAACCCUGGGCUUUCACCUCACUGGUGUUUAUAUGUUACUCAUCAGAAUGAAUAAUAAUUCCCACUGUGUUGAACUUGGUAUUGAAAACUGCACAUAAGUAAUUUUUGUUUUGUUUGGGGUUUUUUGAUAGUUAUGGUGAUUAUGUCAACCAAAUUCUUCUCAUUUUUCUUGUUUAUAGUAAAUUUUUCAAACAAAAUAGAUUUUGUAAGUGAGUUUUAAAAAACGUGCAACGGGAGAUUCUGAGUAGAUUCUGAGUUCUAUUAAAAAGGAUCAUUGGCAUUGUUGAUUUUUUUUCUAUAGAUGAAGAUGAGUUGAACUCAAAUUUGGGAUCACAUCCUACAAAACAUAUUUAAAUAAGUAUGUAUAUAUCAGAUAAUAUAUUAUUAAUCAUCAAUUGGAGCAUAUUAUUCUUGUAAAUAAACAAUUAUGAGCUUUCUACAGAAAAGACAAAAGGACAUUUUCAAUAUCAUUUAUAUUGUAUGCAUUGAAUGCAUAGGCUGAUGUGAAACAAUGUAAAUAGUAUAUUUUAGGUGUCACUUGAUCACUUUUAUUUUUUGCUGUUUGUCAAAGCACAUUUCUUUGGUUUUGCCAAAAUGUAAACAUGUAUUCAUGAAUGUAGUUGAUAUUCUUUUGCAGCAUGUAUUUGCUGUAAUAUGUCAGCAAAAGUAUAACAAUUUCUUGUACCAAUGAUCAGCUGAAUACAACUUAAUGUACACCACCUUAUCAAACACACACACACACACACACACACACACACACACAAAAUGGGUCAUGUGAUAAAGAGGCCAGUGAUGCCUUUGUAUCUACCCAAAAUUAAACCAUCUCAGGUCAGCACAAUUCACAUUACUAACAACACUGCAACCACAACCUACAACUUUAAACCCAAGAAUUGUACGUAAGGGAAAAUACCUUGGUGAACCUGCUUCAGAUGUUUUUUCUGUAAUUUGUUUGCUUUUUCUGUUAAUAGGAGUCUCAUAAAACCACAUACAGUAUUCAUACAGUAUGGCCACACUUUUUCAGCAAGGGCAGAAUCUAAAUACUAAAAAUACCUUACAAGUCAUUUAGGUACUGAAUCCACCUCAACCAUAGAUAAGUCUCAAACUACCCAAUAGAAAUGUAUUUGUUAAUCUUCAGAAUAAUGCUGUAUGUGGUAAUGACAUUGUGUGUUUGAGUGUGAGAGUGUGUGGUGGGUGUAUGUUGGCCAUACAGUAUUUUUUUUCCAAAGCACACCGGCAACUGGCAAGAAAGGUCUGCUUCAUAAGUUCUACACUUUGAAUAUGUGUUUGUACUUCACAACGCAUUUUUGUUUCAUAUAUUUUUAUACUUCUAUACUCCUGUGUAAAAAAAAAAUGCAAACACUGUUGUUUGGCGAAACCUUGUAAAUCCAAUUUUGGCAAUUUUCACAUUUAUACUAUACAGAAUGAUUACAUUGUCCACUAGGGAUUCUGGUGACAUUUAUGCUUAUGAAAUCCUUUCAUAAUCCCUUGUAUAAUGUUUCAGAAAUACAUGGUUACAAAUGGUUUGAAAAUGGCUUUUUUUUUCUUCAUUCCUGGAAAGUUAAGGUUCUUGGAAAUGCAAGGUUUUCAGCAUACAGCAGAGUCUUCUCUGGAGAGCAAGGACAGACUGACAUCUUAAAAGCCUAAAUGACACAUGUUGGUGACAGUGUAUGUUUGCACACACUCACAGAAGAAGCCUUAGCCUCCUGCUGCCAUGGACUUCACUCCAAGCAGCACCAAUCCUCCUUAACCCUCUCAAAACCCUCCACCUUGAAAAAUCCUUGUACGUGCCACUCACGAGAACAUUCCCAAAAACCCUGAACUGUACCCUUCUUAGAGAUAAGCCCUGUAAAAGUCAGUGUCUGUCUUUACUAUGAAAAUGAAUACAUUGUCAAUAAAUAUUGUAUA